AUGGGCAGAACAGCGAGAUGGUUUAAGGGCUUGUUAGGCUUUAAGAAGAGCAGUGAAAGACAAAGCCGCGUUUCCAGCGGAGUUUCCGAGAAAGGCGGUCAAGAUUCCGGCGACAUUAAUCUCCGGACGGACCCUGUUUGGCUGAGAACAUUUCUGUCAGAUACAGAGAAGGAACAGAACAAGCACGCGAUUGCGGUUGCAACCGCUACGGCAACAGCAGCCGAAGCAGCUGUUUCGGCGGCGAAAGCGGCUGCGGAAGUGGUUAAACUGACCGGUGAAGGAAGAGCAGGAGAUAUAAUCAAGAGGGAAGAGCGUUGGGCCGCUGUGCAAAUUCAAAAAGUCUUCAGAGGCUCUUUGGCGAGGAAAGCAUUAAGAGCAUUGAAAGGUAUAGUGAAGCUACAAGCUUUAGUGAGAGGAUACUUGGUAAGAAAACGCGCUGAUGCGAUGUUGCAAAGCAUAGAAGCUUUGAUUAGAGUCCAAACCGCGAUGCGAUCUAAACGCAUCAAUCGCUGUCUCAACAAAGAGUACAACGUGUUUCAACCUCGACAGUCCCUUGAUAAGUUCGAUGAAGAAAGAAGUCCAAAGAUUGUAGAGAUCGACAAUAGAUACAAGAAGAGAUCGAGUUCAAGUUCGAAAUCUAGGCAAGAGCGUAAUGCUGGUGCAAUGUUUGAAUAUGGAGAUGGUUUUGCUUACAAAGAGAAUGAUUUGGAGUUGAGUUUCUCGGAGGAGAAGUGGAAGUCUGCGACGGCUCAGAACACGCCAAGAUUCUCAUCUUCGUCGCUGCACCACCACUACACGGGCAAUAAUCGCUACUACGUAAGUAACGUAACGCAGUCUCCGGCUAAGAAUGUUUGUGAAAACCCUUUGUAUGACCAUGGAAUCAAUACUCCUGGCUACAUGGAGAAAACGCAGUCGUUUAAGGCGAAAGUGCGUUCCCAUAGUGCACCGCGUCAGCGUUCUGAGAGGAAGCGGUUGUCGCUGGAUGAAGUUAUGGCGUCUAGGAGUAGCGUUAGCAGCGCGAUUCUAGAGCAACAGCAACGCUAUUCUUGCUCCUAUGAUCCGCUCUGA